AUGGACGACCCAAUUACCCUCGAGGCGAACGUCUUCUUCCACCAGAUGCGAAUUCUCCUCAAAUGCGUGGAGAGAAAGACCACCGAGUUCGGUUCGUACGCCUUCGUGGACCGGAUGCUCGGUGCAUGGGCGAUGUCCGGCCGCGUCUUCGGGAAGAACGGCAAAGAGGGAGUGUUCACGUUCACUCCACAACAUCGCAUGGCGAUCGACAAUUCAUUUGAAUCCCUCAUCCCGGAUUUCGCGGCACUUGUGAUCACUGAGGGCGACGACGGUAUUGCUCGAGACGACUUGGUGUUCCUUUGGGAAUGUAAAAUCGAUAGAGAUCUGAAAUGGUGGGACGUCGCCAAGGGGAACGUGAAGGCAGACGACAUGGUCGGCGAAAGUACACUCGACUACUUGUACCAGGUUCAGAAGGCAGCGGCUUUGGCUAUCGAGGUCUACGAUCGCAGGAUCAACUGCCGUCCGGUCUACGCCUUCCUGCGGGUGAACGCGCACUUUACCUUGUUGCGCUUCAGGGCGAUCCCCGGGAACACUGCUAGCGGUGAAGCGAUCCUCCUGAAGGAGUUCGACAUGGAGAUGGAAUUCGUCUACUUCAUCAAGCCGAUAUUCGAGGGCGAUAUAGAAAAGGAUUUACGUCCGAGCCUUGCCUUUCUACAAGCACUCGAUGCGGUGACCUCCGUUGCUGCUGCGGAAGACGGUCUGCAACUGCCCAAGACCUUCUUCGCGAUACCGCCGAACGCCAGGCACACUGAAAAGCCAAAGAGAAGCAUUCAUAGCGAGGCAAAGACUGUCUACGAGGGCUGGCUUGAGAGGCAGCAGCAGAGUGCUCAAGCAAACCUAAACGAGAUGGUCAUAUCCGGUACGACGGCGGUUUCGAGCAAUGACAACUACGUACCAGGGGACUCGGACGAGGACUCGGAAGAGGACUCGGAAGAGGACGAAGACGAGGACUCGGAAGAGGACUCGGAAGAGGACGAAGACGAGGACUCGGACGACUAG